AUGGGAUACAUAUCCUAUCCAAGAACAGAAACAGACCAAUUCGAUAGUUCGAUUGAUUUGCACAAGUUGAUAGAAAAGCAGACCAGUGAUGGACAAUGGGGAGAGUAUUCAUCUGCGCUGCUAUCCGGCAAGUUCUGUAUUCCUAGGAAGGGAAAGCACGAUGAUAAGGCCCACCCUCCAAUUCACCCGAUCAAGGGAAUAGGGGAGGGAGCAUUAGAUGCAGACCAGAAAAAGGUUUAUGAGUUCGUGACCAGACAUUUUCUAGCUUGCUGUAGUAAUGAUGCAAAGGGUCAAACUACCUCGAUUCAAUUGGAUUGGGGCGGUGAAAAGUUUAAUGCCAGUGGUUUGGUAGUCCUAGAAAGAAAUUUUCUUGACGUCUACCCAUACAUUAAAUGGGAAACCAAUGAGCUACCAGAGUUUGAACUGAACCAAGUGGUGGCAGUUGACGAGGCUAUGAUAAAGGAUGGCCAGACCUCGCCACCGAGCCACUUGACUGAACCUGAACUUAUCGCUCUGAUGGACGCAAACGGAAUCGGCACUGAUGCUACAAUGGCAGAACAUAUCGAAAAGAUUAUUUUAAGAGGUUAUGUAGUCAAGCAUCCUCAGGGUGGUAGAAAUGCUCUCCCGUUGUUGAUUCCCUCUAACUUGGGAAUAGGACUGGUAGAUGCUUUUGAUGAAAUCGGGUUUGAUAUGGCUCUCACUAAGCCAUUCUUGAGAAAGGAGACUGAAGAUUUAAUGCAGAAAAUUUGUGACGGACAACUCACUAAAGACCAGUUUCUUCAGAGAAGCAUCGAACAAUAUAGAAAUGCAUAUGCUUUGGCAACUCAAAAUCGAAACAAUCUCGUAAGAGCAGUCAAGAAAUAUUUCUAA